AUGCUCAAGAGUAUGGCAGGUUGCGUCAAUGGAUUAAAGAUCAAGAAGAAUCAAGGCGUUGAAGAUGAUAUCGAGAUCUGCGAAUGGUGCAUCAUGGGUAAAGCAACCGUCGAGACGUUUCCGAAGUCACCAUACGGACAGGUGAAAACCGAGGAAGUGUUGCAGUUGGUCCACUGUGCUGUCAUGGACCUAUGGAAUCGAAGUCCCGAGGAGAAUCAAGAUUUGUCGUGA